AUGCCUCCGAUUUUGGCAACAGGCUUUAGAAGAAGGAGAACUUUCAGGGAUUAUUUCUUUGAUACGCUUCAAGUUGUCCAUUUUUUAAUAGCAAUGGGAUUUUUGUGGGCUGGAGUUGUUGAGUUCAUCCGUAAUCCACCGUACUUCGAUGCUUAUGGCGAUGCAGCUACGUUGAAUGAUUUGCCAAAAGGACUGUUUGAGGUAAAAAGGCUCUGAGAGUCUCUUGAUUUCUCUUGAAUGAAUUUAAGUUUGAUUUGGAUCUGCAAAGCACAAUCUAUUCACUUACAAACUGGGCAUUUAGAGAUUGUGCUCGAAGCAUAUUUUGGAUUGAUCACGAUCAUUCUUUUGACCUUGAUCCGACCCGAACAUGAUUGAUGCAAGCUCAACAUACUUUUUAACAAUUUCAUGUGAGUUAAGAAUCUUAAUUUUAGACUUUAUUUUAUAAUUUUUUUAAUUAUGUUAGUUUUGUCGAGCAUGAAAACAUUGGAAUGUAACUGAAUUUGAAACAAAAGAUUAACUUAAUUCCUUUUAUCGUUUUGUUGAAUAUGAAUGACGGGUUUCUUAUGAAUUUUUAGACUAAUCCAAGGAAUAUCAAUAGAGAGGUAAGUGCAAAAUGCAUAGAUUGCCUGAUGUAAAUAAACACUGUUAAGUAUGGAAAUUCUGUGACAUUUGCAUCCUGCAUAACCAUACAUUUAGUAACCUUAUUGACCACCCCCGCCUUAAACUAUCAAGUACAUUUAUGGUGAGAAUCAAAUAAAUUAUUGAUUGAAGCAAAGCGCAUGGGCACCCUAACACUAAAAUCAGGUCUUAUGUUUUUGUUUGUUCUAGCAAUCUCUUCGCCUCAUGGAUCUACCAAUCCUUUUUAUGCUAUUGGUAAGUUAAAAGAUCACAGGAUUAAUCAAAAUUAAAUAGGGUGUCAAGGUUGACUGGGAGUGAAAUUACAUAUUUGCUGUGUAAACAAGCCAGCUCUCUAUGUUUCAAUCUAUCAGUUAGUAUUAAUUGUAAUGUCUUUAUUCUUUUGAUUUAAAAGUUAAAUUGUGAUUGUCUUUAUUUGUUCCUCAUUUGUUUAUGUGUUUGGUUACAGUCCUAUUUUGUUGUGUGCUGGUGGUUAAAGUUUAAAGGCUUGUCCUGGAUUUUAACAGCUUGUAUCACCCUUGUACUGCUUUGUUUCUUCUUUGUUAAUUUCUGGGCCUCGGAUCUGUUUGACUGGAGGUAGGUAAUCAUCAGUAGAAAUGAUUCAAUAAUGGUUUCAGCUCCAAAAGUGACCUGGUAGUGGUUCUUCCUUAUCCCAUUAACUCCCAGGAUCUCAUUAGUAAUUCUCCCAACUGUCUGCCACACAGUUCUUGUGAUGUCAGUUUGGAGAAUUUGGUAUUGGAUCAACUCAUUAUCCCCUGACUGAUAUUUCCUUUAUUCUCAUCACUUGUCCACUUGAUAUUUUGUUGAUAUUGUAAGGAGAAAUUCUGUCUUGGUUACUCAUGGGAGUCAAAGGGUUAAAAUAACGAUACAAUGGUAAGCAGACAUGUGAUGGGAAGAAAAAUAUCAGUUAGGUUUGAUUUAUCGUUAUACUCUAACUGCCAAACUAGCAAGUAUUGUUUGGCAGACAGGAAAGAGAACAAUUAUUGAAAUCAUGUGAGUAAAAGGGUUGAUGAAUAUUGCGACAUUUGUCAUUUAAAAGGUGUGUGAAGAGCAUUUUAACAGCAUGUGUCAAAUGGGUAUCUCUUCCUCACAGGGUUUCGUUCUUAAGGCCUACCUGUGGAAAACUUGGACUCAAGCAUAAGUUGUUAAGCCUCUAUGCCAAUUUGUGUAAGAAAGCACACAACCUAGAAUUUUAAGCCCAGGUUUUCUAAUUUGCAAUGAGUUGCUAUAAAACUACAUGAAUCUGUUUUCAAUUGUUUCCUCUAGAUAUUACAGACCAAGAAUGAGGGGUCUUGAAACCCAAGUAUUCACACUUUCACUGGCUCUCACAACAACAUAUGUUGUGUUGUUCUACUCAAGAAAGAAGAUGCCAUUCAAAUUUAAGGUAUUUGAUCAUUUGGAUUUAGUCAAAGUUUAUGAGCUGAUUAUAAAAUGAGGUUACUGAGUAUUUUCCUACUUGCACAGCAAACAUCUCUCAGAGAGGCAUAAUUGUCAAUUGAGAGUAAGCCAAGGUCAUCGAGGAAAAAAAAAGGAGUAGGGAGUAGAGGUACUGUUAGGGGUGGUGGUGGGGGUGGUGGUGGGGGUGGUGUUAGGGGUGGUGUUAGGUGUGGUGUUUGGGAAGGUGUUAGGGGUGGUACUAGGAGUAGAGUUACAGGUGGUGUUGGGGUGUUAUUUGGGGUGGUGUGUUGGAGGUGGUGUUAGGGAUGGUGUUAAGGGUGGUGUUAGGCAUGGUAUUAUGGGUGGUGUUAGGGGUGGCUUUAGGAGUGGUGUUAGGGGUGGUCUUUAGGAGUGGUGUUAGGGGUGGUGUUAGGGGUGGCUUUAGGAUGUUAGAUGUUUAGGGGUGGUGUUAGGGGUGGCUUUAGGAGUGGUGUUAGGGGUGGUGUUAGGGGUGGCUUUAGGAGUGAUGUUAGGGGUGGCUUUAGGAGUGGUGUUAGGGGUGGUGUUAGGGGUGGCAUUAGGAGUGGUGUUAGGGGUGGUGGAGAACAGGGAAGGAAAGAAUUAUAGCUAAUGACCACAGAAAUUUUUCUUAUGCUGCCCUGCCCUUCUGUUUUUGUUUUCUCACAUUCUCCAGUACAAUUACAAGAAAUUAAUAAUAAUAACAUUGCUAAAUGACCUUAAAUUUCAAUAAAAAUAUAAAGUUGAGGUUGUUGGGUUUUCUUUAUUGCCCAACAAUUGUUGAUAGCAAAGUGGGACUAUACCACACCUACAUCUUCACAUUUACCUAAAUCAUUUGAUUGAUUUUAUCAACAAAUUUUUUUUUUUACAGUCCACCCUUCCCAUCCGACCAUUUGGGAAGAUCCAUGUGUUCUGCAACUUUGCAGCAAUGUUUGUGAUUGUCUACUUCUGUUUGAUAAUGUGGUUCUCCAAACUCUAUGUAUCUUGGUCUUGCUUCAAAAACUACAAAGAAGUUUUGCUAUUAUGUCAGAGCACCACCAUGGUAAGUAGAACACAAAUCUUAGCAGAAAGAGGGUAAGCUUAAGUAGUGGGGUGUUACAACAAGAUAAAUUGGUUUCAUUGACCAAUUCGACAAUUUAGAUUGGCCACUGUAAAGAGUUUCUAAAGCUGAUGUAAUUGGGAAAUGGUUACUUUGUGAUGGUCUGGCAUCCCAGCCAGGGGAAUAAGCUGUACUCCUAGCUACUUUAUGCUCUGCCAUGAAGGACCACUUGAAUCCAAUGAAAACUUAACAAUUCACUUAACCUACUACUCAACACCUUUGCAAGGCACACUUCUGUCAAAAUGGCAUUCCCUGAUGCCUUGAUUUUCCCCCUUUCAUCAAUACUCCACCUUUUAAGUCACAAUAUUUUUUGACAUUUAGGUACAAUGCUUUCCAUGUAAUAGCUGUGAUCCAGAUGGAUUAAAAAGCUGUGUUAGUGAACAACACAAGAUGUUUCAUUGUCAAGAGGUUCUAAAAGAUCAGGUAAGAUGUAAAGAAAGAACUUAAUAGUAAACUACUGCAGUGUAUUUACAACCUGUUGUUGAGCCUCAUUGGGACUACAACAAAUACCUCAAGACAACUGGUGUCUUAAUUCCUCUCCUCAGGGUAUCUACAAAAAUAAAGCAAAGAUCAUAAUUUAUUUCAGAUGGAGACAGACAUUGUACUGUGUGUCUUAUUAAUUUAAAUUAGCCAUUACUUCAGAAACAAGUAGCGCUCGUGCUUCUGGAGAAAACUGCCUCCAUGGCAAGCACCCUUAGGGACAUAAGGCUACAACUACUUCUUUCUAUUUAGCUUGUUCUGUGGAGCAUCUUUUGCCUCACAGCUGAGUUCUGUCUCUAAGGUUGCCUAGCCACCUCCUUACAAUGGACAUUUGACAUUAAAAUUCAACUCAUUCCAUCAUUUUCUUGCAACGUAUCUCCUAAGGUGGUGAUCUCUGUGAGAUGAACAGCAUACUGUUCAAAAGAGAAAUAUAAUUGUUUGUCUCAUGACGUGGUCACUUCCGAUGUGGAUCAUAAUGUUUUAGUUGCAUACUUUAGUCUUCUGGAGGUGAUGAGGUCGACCCUGUACUGUUGUUGUUUCUGAGAAAAAUCACUCCUUUACCACUUGAAGAACGCAUAACCUCAUCUUUACAUCACUGUGAAGUAUGACUGAAUGAUAUGAAGCACCCAUUCAUAUUCCCUCUUCUAGUAACCUCUGUAAAACUACAAUAGAAGAUUCCAUUCUGGAAAGGAUUAGUCAGAGGGCACCUUAGAAUAACGAGUUCUUCGAAUGUUUCUGAUUUUUCAGGGAGCCGUCUGCAUCUUCAACUACAACCUCAGUGUCUUUGUCUUUCUCACAGGUAUUACAACUUAGAAGUUCUUAUUCUUCCCUUCUAAAAUACCUACCAAGGUACAUAAAGAGCCUUGAAUUUAAUAUAAGGUAUUGAAAUUUCCAAACUAAUGGUCAAGACCAGGGAACAUUAUGAAAAAUUACCUACUGAAAAAAUUGGAAGAAGUCUACCAAAGCCGUAGUAAGUACUGUUCAUUAUAGCUUGGUUUCUAUUUUAAAAUUCAUUGUGAAAUAAUAAUCCUAGUUUAUUGGGGGAGUAAACCUUACAAACUUGAUAGUCUCAUCCUCAAAAGCCUUGGCUAAAAGUCUAUUGGUUAACACUGAUUUUUUUUCAAAUAUUGAAGUUGAAUUAUGACUGAGUGAAUUUUUCUACAUGGUAGCUGAAUCAGAUGAGACCAAAACAUUCUAUCAUGAUAAUAAUAGUUAGUGAAUUUUCAAAUUUGAGGCCAACCCUUAACAACUGCCCUUGUGACAGAAUAUUUCUGUUUUCUUAAUGGUUUCUUUGCUUCCAUUUGUUUUCAGUUUUUGCCUAUGUUGGUGGCUUAGUAGUGUUUCUUAGCAAAGUCUUCACCAUCUUGCUCCAUUACACAUUUCGAGCAUUCUUCCUCUUCAUGAAAUGGUGUCAGAUUAAAUUUGGUGCUAGGGAAGGGCACAGAACUAGCAUGGAUCUUCCUACCAUUCAGGAUAACAUUGCAAAUGUGUCUAUACAAGAACCAUUCCAAUAUGUUGAAAGGAACACUGAUAAUGAGGCCCAAGUUACAGACAAUAGCUGUCGUUUAAAUGCCAGUAUUGAUACAUGUCACAUAGAGGAAGGUGAUCCAUUUGUUGAAGCUCUUGUGGCAUAG